AUGUCCAAAGAAACAGAAAAUAAGCAAAAUACUGAACACACCAGUCCAUUGGUUAAAAGACGCUCCAUCACAUUCGUUAAUAAUGCAACCGCACCAAAAUUAACUAUUACUGAAUUGAAUAUUAGCAACUGUUAUUCUGCUGACGAAAUUUUAAUUAAAGUCCACUCAGCCGCUUUUAAUCCGGUUGAUAUUUUGUUAGCCUCAUUUGCUAAUUCUUGGUUAUCGGCUAGAACCGAUAAAACUUUUGGUAGAGAUUUUAGCGGUGAAGUUAUUAAAGUAGGGUCAAAUGUUCAAGGUUAUGACGUCGGAGACCAUGUGUGUGGGUUGUUUGAACAUCUUUACGGUACUGAAGGUACCAUGAGUGACUAUUUGAUUUUAAAUCCAACUAAAACAAAAGCCUUAGGUAAAUUUGAGUUAUCUAAGGGCAGUGUUUAUACCCCUGAAGUCUAUGAUAAAUAUUGUUCAUGGCCUUUGGUUUUUGGUACUGCUUUCCAAGGUUUGUUAAAUUAUACCCUAACCAAAAGUAUCUGGAAGGAAGAUCAAUCACGUAAAAUCUUAGUUGUUGGCGCAUCAACCUCUGUUGGUACAUGUGUUGUUCAAAUUGCCAAGAAAUAUUUGGAUAUUUCUGUAGUUGAUGGUAUUUGUUCUGCUGCAUCCUUUGAAAGAAAUAAACAAUUAGGUUAUGACACUCUAUUUGAUUAUCAUUCUGAUGAUUUGGUGGAUCAAAUCGUUGCUAAUUCUAACAAGUACGAUGUUAUAUAUGAUUGUUGCGGUAACAGUUACUUUUCCCAGUGUAUGGAUAAAGUUUUAAAACCAAAGGAUACCGGCUCCUAUUAUGUUACUAUUGUUGGUGACCAAAAGAUGAAUUACAAAAAUCCUAAAAUUAAUUUUGUCUCAAAUUUGCGCAAGUUGGUUUAUUGUACUUACAAUUAUCACGUUCUUAAAUUGGAAGGUUCUAAAGAUUUUAUUGAUGUUGGCUUGGAUAUGUUGAGCAAAGGAGAGUUGAAUUUACCAAUCGAUUCUCUUUGCGAACCUGAAGAAUUUGAAAAGGCUAUUGACAGGUUAGAAUCUAAUAACGCAAAAGGUAAGAUCGUGGUUAGAUUUUAA